AAGUGGGUGAAACGCGCUGUGACAAAGAUGGCGUCCGUGAUGGAGGACGAGGUCUUCAAGGCUUUCACCACUCAUGCUGUGAUCGUCCUGGUGAAGGUGUUGCUGAUGGGACCUUUGACCUCUGUCUACCGCUUCUCCAGAGGGGCCUUUGCUAAUGAGGAGGAUGUGGCCUUGAAGUCUGGAGAGGAGAAGAAGAAGCUGCUGAGGACUCAUCCCGAUGUGGAGCGAGUGAGAAGAUGCCACCAGAACGACCUGGAGACGGUGGUGCCCUUCGUGCUGGUGGGCCUGCUCUACGCCCUGACCGGCCCCCCGCUGUCCUCCGCCCAGCUGCACUUCCGCCUCUUCAGCGGCGCCCGGCUCUUCCACAGCGUGGCGUACGUGGGCGCCCUGCCGCAGCCCUGCCGGGCGCUGUCCUGGAUGCUGGGCAGGGGCGUCAUCUCCAUGGCCUACAGGGUGCUGCAGACCGUCCUGGUCCUGUAGAGACCGGCAGACCCGCAGUCCUGGUCCUGGAGAGACCAGCAGACCCCCCGCUGGGAGUAACCUGCAGCUGUUUGUGCCGUUAUUGCUGAUAAUCAGAAUUUUGAACUUUGUGACACAGCUUAUUGUACUGCAACACUC